UAGGAAGUCAGUCUGUCUGGAGGAUUUCACAGCCCCUGUCACUCUGGAGUGUGGGCACAAUUCCUGCCAGGCCCCCCUCAGCCCUCAGGGCAGAGACACUGAGCAGCAGGGACCCCUCCAGUCUAACAGGGGGCUGGCAAACGUGAUCGAACUAGCCAAGCGGCUGAGUUUCCAGGCUCCCACGGUGCUGCCCAUAAAGGAAGGUGCCCAGGAGUACAAGGAAAAAUUGGAGGCCCACUUGAAGAGUCUGAGGAAAGAGAGAGAAAAGCUGCUGGGAUGGAAAGUGACAGCAGAGGGGAAAAGCCAGGAGUGUCUGAAAGAGGCACAAACCAAGAGAUUGAAGAUUGUGGCCGAGUUUCAGCAGCUGCGGCAGUUCCUGGAGGAACAAGAGCGACUCCUGCUGGCCCAGCUGGAGAAGCUGGACGAGGAGAUUAGGAGGCUCCAGACUGACACUGUUGGGAAACUCUCCACACAGAUUUCUUGUCUCAGCAAGCGGAUCAGUGAGCUGGAGGGGACAUGUCAGAAGCCAGCGAGUGAAUUCCUGCAGGAUGUCAGAAACAGCUUGAGCAGGUGUGAGACGGGGCAGUUCCAGCCGCCAGAGGUGAGUUCCCCAGAACUGGAAGAACAAGUCAAUGCUUUCUCCCAGAAAACAAUUGUGCUGUCAGAGACUCUGAGGGGAUUCAAAGACACUCUCCCCUCUGCACUGGAGAGACCAAGAGGAAAAUCCCUGUGAGUUUUCAGGAGAUUCUUUAAAUCAGAAAAUUCCAGUGAAAACAUCUUCAUGGGCUUGUCAUUAAAGUUACCAACCAAACCCAGCGACCAUGGUGCACACAGCCCUAAAUCUCAGCCACUGAUCAGUGAGGACCCCCACAGGGCACUUCAUGGGGACCUGCAGACACUUGAGAAACACUGAUCUACAAGGUGUGAUGCUAAAGGGAUGAAGUUAAAGCACACAAGGGGCGGCACCUUCAGGCUCAGAUUUCACUGCUCAGUUUCAAUAUGGGGUUGGUUUCAAACAAAUAGGCUGAAAGGCUGAGAGCUGACUGGCUUCCACGGUAUCAGUUUGUUCAUGGUGAGAAACUGCUGGAUACGCAAGGGCUCUUCGUUCUAGUGCAGGCCUGAGCAAAAUACAGCCCAUGGGCCGCAUCCAGGUCGCCAGGCCAUUUGAUCCGGCCCACUGAUGUUUGGCUAGCAAUGGGCUACUUCCCACCUCCAAGCCACUCAGAAAGCAAAGGUGAUCCCGGAGGUGAAGGGGGAAGGCUACAGGCACUGCUUCCACCCCCAGGACAAUCUCAUUGGCUGGUUUCUGGCCAGAAAGGAAGCACCUUGCCCCCUCCCCUUCGGCUCAUAGUUAUUCACACACCCACAUGACUCUGCAGCCUGUGUGAGGGUUGGGCAGGCACCUACCCUGCCUCAGGAGGUGCUUGGCUGAUGGCCGGGAGUCACUCAGGUAAGUCUCCUGGCCACAGCUUGCCUCUGGCACCCCAACCUAAUCCUCUGCCCCCCACUCCUGCCCCCCACUCCACAUACCCAAACUCUUUGUUCUCUUCCUGCAUCUGUGGGGGAAAUCUCGCUCCCCUGGGGUACAGAGCCCCCAGAAGGGUCUGAGGCUGGAGGUCA